ACAGGAUCGAAGAAAUUAAGGAAGCAAGUCGGAUCGGAAAGCAACAAUGGCCGGCAACCAGCAGCUGCGGGUGCUGCACGCCCUGGACAUUGCAAGGACACAGCUGUACCAUUUCAUCGCGAUCGUGAUCGCCGGUAUGGGCUUCUUCACCGACGCCUACGACCUCUUCUCCAUCUCCCUUGUCGCCGACCUCCUCGGCCACGUCUACUACCACGGCGAGCUGCCCCGGAACAUCCACGCCGCCGUCACCGGCAUCGCGCUUUGUGGCACCGUCCCUGGACAGCUCGUCUUCGGCUGGCUAGGCGACAAAAUGGGCCGGAAGCGUGUCUAUGGAAUCACCCUCCUCCUCAUGGUUGUCUCCUCUCUCGCCUCCGGACUCUCCUUCAGUAAGCACGAGGGGAUGAACAUUAUCGCUGUGCUUUGCUUCUUCCGGUUCUGGCUUGGCGUCAGCAUCGGUGGGGAUUACCCACUCUCCGCCACCAUCAUGUCAGAGUACGCCAACAAGAGGACUCGUGGUGCCUUCAUUGCUGCUGUCUUUGCUAUGCAAGGUUUCGGCAACCUUGCUGCUGGGAUCAUUGGAAUGAUAGUAUCUGCAGCUUUCAAGCAUUCAUCGGCAUCAAAGAUUGACUAUGCCUGGCGGAUAAUCCUCAUGUUUGGCGCCAUUCCUGCUGCUCUCACUUACCACUGGCGCAUGAAGAUGCCAGAAACAGCACGUUACACUGCCCUCAUCUCUAAGAAUGCAAAGAAGGCCGCCAAGGACAUGUCUGCCGUGCUCAAUGUCAACAUAACCCCGGACGAUGAAGUUAUCAAUGAGCUUGCAAGGCAGGACGAGUAUGGCCUCUUCUCGUUCGAGUUUCUCCACCGCCAUGGCCUCCACCUCCUUGGCACCACCGUCUGUUGGUUCGUCCUCGACGUCACCUUCUACUCGCUCAACAUUUUCAUGAAGAAUAUCUUCACCGAGGUCGGUCUUCUUCCUCGUCUAGAUAGCGAAUACCACCAUACCCUCCAGCGGAUGAUCACCAUGACAGCAGUUCACACAUUUAUCUCGCUUUGCGGUGCACUUCCCGGGUACUUCUUCACUGUCGCCUUCGUUGAUCGCAUCGGCCGUGUCAAGAUCCAGCUGAUUGGAUUCACCAUGAUGACUGUUUUCAUGCUUUGUCUUGCAAUUCCUUAUGAUCAGUGGCUGAGGCACAAGAACAAGUACGGAUUUGCAGUCAUGUAUGGCCUGACCUUCUUCUUCGCCAACUUUGGGCCAAAUACUACAACCUUCAUAAUUCCAGCUGAGAUUUUCCCUGCAAGGCUACGGUCCACAUGCCAUGGGAUAUCUGGUGCGGUUGGGAAGAUCGGUGCGAUUGUCGGUGUGUUUGGUUUCUUGUACACAGAAUACCAUAUCAGGAUCUUUCUGUUUGUCCUUAUUGGGUGCAAUCUUGUUGGAUUCAUCUUCACCCUUCUCUUACCAGAGUCGAAAGGGAAGUCCCUCGAGGAUCUCACUGGGGAGAUUGAAGAGUUCCAGGAGGAAGAUGAAGGAAGUGAAGUUGCUUUGUCUAGACCCAUACAUACUGUGCCUUUAUAGCCAACAAUACGAUGACAACCCUGCUCCUGCACCCGCCUAUUUUAUAUACUUCUAUAACAUCACAGUAUAUAUAAAUAUGCAUAUAUGCCAUC